AUGCAGGGGGACUGGGGGCUGUGGGAAGCCGUGGCGGGGCGCAGGCUCCCACUCCGUGAGGGUCUCCGCCUGGGCCCGCCCCCGGCCGGCCCGACCGCCGCGCCGCUGCGCACACUGGGACGGCCACCUGCUGCCUCGGCCUGCGCGGCGGCGGGGGCGACAGCGGGGCUGGGGGCCGCCGCACCCCGACGACGGGCUCCGCAGAGCCGGGCCGCUGCCUCCCUCACCUGCUCCGCUCCCGCUCUCCGCGCUGCCCGGGCCCGCGCGCUCUGCGCCGCCACGAACAGGUGCCUCGGCCGGGGAUGGCGGGCCGGAGGGAGUGAGCAAGGGCAGGUCCGGAGCCCCGGAGAGGGGUGUGAGCCUGCGUGGUGGGCUGGUCACGUGAGGCCUGCGUCACAGGCAGGGCUCCGCCCCCGGCCCAGCCCCUCCCCUGGCCCCAGUGUCUUGCCAGGCAAAGUCCAGGUCCCUUCCUCACCUCCAGGAUGCCCACGCCUGGGUGCCCUCUCUGCUCCAAAACCUGGAUUCUUGUCUCAGAAUUCAAAUGGAGGACACAAUUCCCAAACUAACCCUUUUCAAAGAAGAAUGAAAUGUCGGGGUAUUUUCCGAAGGAGACUUCUGAACUCUACUGAACACAUCAGAGAUACAAUGCAAAUGCAUACUUCAUUCCACCAACAGCAAGAUGGACAGCUAGCAAUGAGUAAUUCUCCCAUGUAUACUCGAAGAAGAUUCACUCCAUAUGGUUUUCCAUCCCGGCAUCAGAGAAUCAACUUAUAUAAACAAAACCAAAUGCAUGUUAACAGGGAGGAAGAGCCAAAACCUUCAGAGAGAAAAAUGCAGGACAAGCAAGAUGACACCUCAAAGAACUGGUUCAAGGUCACAAUUCCCUGUGGCGUAAGAUACGAUAAGAUGUGGCUGUUGAAUUUGAUUCAGAGCCAGUGCAGUAUACCCUUCACUCCACUGGAGUUUCACUAUGAGAAAAUGCGGGCCCACUUUUUUGUUGAUAAUUCCGGCAUUGCCUUUGAACUGAAAAGUAUCAGUGACAAGAUUUGGGAUGAGUCUAAUAAUAAGCUUCAGAGUCACAGAGCUCCAUCUGUGAUUCUGCAGCUGCCUUUGAACCCACAGGUUGCUACUUCUCAGCAAGUUCUUAAUAUGCAGAGACUGCCAUUUGACCAAGAUUUGAUGGCCCAUCCUACUGACUUGGCACUGGAACCUGGAAGGUACAUGGCUCCUUCCCUGGAUGUUUGUGAAGAGGACAUGACCCAGGUAAAGUCUGCAGGGGAGAGAGUCAAGGGGCAAGACCCGAAUCCAGAAAAGAUAUGUGCAGACAAAAGCUCUCUGAGUACUACCAUCCCGGAUAAGUCCAGUAAUAUAAAUUCAAUUCUGGAAUUGUUCCCCAAGUUAUUAAGCCUGGAUGGACAGGAAUCACGUAAACCAACACUCUGUGGCCUUGAAGACCACAAGAGCUUACCAACUUGCAAGGGAAGUUUCUUUGGGUCCGAGGCUGUAAAGACUCUGGUCCUACAGUUCCUGCAUCAGUAUUACUUCAUCUAUGACAAUGGAGAUCGGCAGGGACUCCUCAAUGCCUACCAUGCUGAGGCUUGCUUCUCUUUUACCGUGCUCUUCAGUGCCGUGGACUCAUCCUCGAGCAGCUUGUGGGAGUACUUCAAGUAUAGUAGAAAUAUGAAGGUUCUCAAGGAUUCUUAUAUUCGGAGGCAGCUGCUGAAGCAUAAAAAAUGUGACAUUAUUCACUUUCUUUGUACACUGCCCAAAACUCAGCAUGACCUCACCUCCUUUGUGGUGGACAUAUGUUUCCAGACAGAAACAAUGAUUUGCUUCUCUGUUAGUGGAUUGUUCAAGGAAGUGGAGGGCAGCUCGUGGGGAUGUGCUCAUGCCUUCACUCGGACCUUCAUUGCUACCUAUGGCAACAGUUCAGACCUUCAUAUCAUCAAUGACAAGCUGUUUGUGAGGAACGUCCAAGGGCUUCCCAGUGCCUCCAUCCCUGUGACCACAUUGCCUGCCCUCUCUCAAGAUCAACAGAAGAUGGUGCAGCCUGGGAUGAAUGCUGAGUGGUCUCAGAAGUUCCUUAAUGAUGAGCAGUGGGAUUACAACAAAACCAUACAAAGCCUUGCUUUACUCAAGGUAAAGGACAUGAGCCCAAAGGAUACCUCCAUACAGACAGGUCCAGGAUCCUAA